AUCUGGUACGAGAAGCUUGUCGGCGGAAUGACCAAGAUCCCAGACGACAAAUUGCCCGCGGGCGCACAGUUUGGGUAUGAUUUAUCGACGUUUAUGGUCAAUGUGCAGGCUUACCUACUCUGGCUUCAAGUCCAAGUCUGGAAAGCAGGAAUUGACGUGCGUCGAGAAUACUAUGAUGACAUUCGGGAGUUGUUUGAGGACUUCCCAUCGACCAUGGCUAUUUUCAACUGCACAGGCUUGGGCUCGUACAGUCUCAAAGGCGUCGAGGACCACGCCGUAUAUCCGACAAGGGUUGGGAUGUCUCUCUCACUCCUGUCGGUCCCGGGCUGGCCAAGUCAUGCUGGUUGAAACACCAACGACGCCGAUCAAGCAAAUGUACUUCCAUUCGCCCAAAAUGGUGGCGAGCGAUACGACAUAUGUCUUUCCUCGGCACCCCGGUGGAGCUGUGAUCCUUGGU